AUGGUAUGCGCGAGGACUAUCCAAGAACAAAUUGACGACGCUCGCCAUACCAGUUGGGUCAAACGAUGUGAAAGUGGAGGCACAGGGACCGCAGAUGGUAUCGACAUCGUAUUUGCUCUGGACGUAUCCGCCAGUAUAUACCCAGAAGACUUCAACAGUGGCAAACAGUAUGUAAGAGACAUCAUUGAAAAGUUAGAUGUAGGCGUUGGCAAAACCCAGGUUGGUGUUAUGACAUACGCCAACAAAGCUAACCGCCUAUUCCAUUUGAAUAGCUUUUCACGAAAGGCUGAUAUUCUUGUGUAUUUGGACACUGUGCAGCAACGAGGUGGAGACACCAACGCUGCCAAUGCGUUGGACUUUGUGAGGAAGCGAAUGUUUUCCAAAGAACACGGUGCGCGUGACACCGUACCACACGUAGUGUUUUUCCUAACAGACGGUCGGUCUGAGGACUCUGCAGUCACCAUUAAAGAAGCGAAUAAACUCCACAAACUUGGGAUAUAUGUAUUCUCAAUCAGUCUGGGACAGUUUUACUCUGCUAGGGAAAUCUAUGGCAUUGGGAGUCAACCUAGUGAAAAGUUUGUCUUCCAAGUAAAUGACUUUGUUCCAUUAGACACUAUGAAAGAAAUGAUCAUGAACUGUAAUGUCACAAGGGGUCAAGUAAGGCUUAGACAGCGUCCAACCCCAACGCCAAGUACAACUGAGAAUGAUAAUACGAUAGAUGGGGACGUAAAUGAUAGUGGCAGAGUUGGCGAGGGACCCGGAAAUGAAAAUACUGAUAGUGCGAGUAACAAUGGAAACAACAAUAGUGAUGAUGAUGAUGAGUUUGGAAACCCCAAUGGUCGAGAGGAAGUUGGUCCUGGUGGUUUUGGUGGUCGGGGACUUGCGGGAGGGAAUGAAUUAGGUUCAACAGGCAGCAGAAGUCAAGAAAACGGACGAAAUGAGAACCCAUUUGGUGGAAAUAAAGCAGGUGUAAUUGAUAUAGAUGACGAUGAAGAUGACCUCCGUAUUGGUCUCGAUGAAACUGGAAACAAUUAUGGGUUUGAUGAUGAGGGAUUUGACAGAAACGGAUACGAUGAAGAUGGAUAUAAUAUCGAUGGGUAUGACAAAGAUGGUUAUGACAGAGAUGGCUAUGACCGUAAUGGUUAUGGCAGGAAUGGCUAUGACCGUAAUGGCUACAAUAGAAAUGGAUAUGACAAUGAUGGGUAUAACAAAAAUGGUAUUGGCAGAGAUGGUUACAACAGAAAUGGAUAUGAUAAAGAUGGACUGAACGUAUAUGGAUACGACGAGGAUGGCUACAGACGUGGGUAUGACAGAUACGGUUAUGAUAAAGAAGGGUACGACAAAGACGGUUAUGAUAAAAAUGGUUUUAACAAAGAUGGCUACGACAAAAAUGGUUAUGACAAAGAUGGUUUUGACAAGAAUGGCUUAGACAAAUAUGGCUACGACAGAAACGGCUUUGACAAAAAUGGUUUUGACAGAAAUGGAAAUAAAAAGAACGAAAAUAGCAUAUAUGACUAUGAUGAAAAUGGUUAUGACAGAAAUGGUUUUGACAGAAAUAACAAGGAUAGAUAUGGUAAUGAAAGAAAUGGCGCUGGCAAUGACAGGAAUAGUGCUGACAAUGACAGGAAUGAUAUUGACAGAAACAGUGCUGACAAUGACAGGAAUAAUGCUGGUAGUGGUAACGAUAGAAAAGAUAAUGACAGAAAUAGCGCUAAUAAUGAUAGGGAUAGUGCUGGUAAUGACAGGAACGAUAUUGACAGAAAUAGCGCUGAAAAUGACAGAAAUCACAAUAACAGAGGUGGUAAUAGCAGAAAUCGUCAUAAUAGAGGCAAAAACAGAAAUCGUAAUAACAGAGGUGGAAAUGACAGAAAUGUCGCCAGCAAUGGCAGAGAUGGGUCUGACAAUAACAGAGAUGGUUCUGGCAAUGGCAGAUAUGGCUCUGGCAAUGGCAGAGAUGGCGCUAGUAAUGGCAGAGAUGGCGCUGGUAAUGACAGAGAUGGCGCUGGCAAUGACAGAUAUGGCUCUGGCAAUGGCAGAGAUGGCGCUGGUAAUGGCAGAGAUGGCGCUGGCAAUGACAGAGAUGGCGCUGGCAAUGACAUAGAUGGCGCUGGUAAUGGCAAAGAUGGCGCUGGCAAUGACAGAGCUGGCUCUGGGAAUGGCAGGGAUGGUGCUGGCAAUGGCAGAGAUGACCCAUAUGGAAAUAGAAAAAAUGAUAGAUCAUAUAACGAAAUAGAUGAUAAUAGGCGCCAUGGCAGCGGCUACGACUCCAACCUCCCAGACAGUAUCGGAGGCAAUAACAAACACGACGGCAAUGUUGGAGUCUUUGACCCAAGUAAGAAUAAUGGUAAUGCUGGAAAACCGUGGGUUCCAGAUCCUAAUAAUCCCCAUGGAAACGACAGACACUCCAAUAAUGGCGGCAAUUUUGGAAGCAAUCCAAAUGGCGGACUUUGGCCAGGAAAUUACAAGGACUAUAAAGACAAGACAAAUCAAUGGAAAAAAGAAAAUGAAAGAAAAGUAGUGAUUCAUAGUACAAUAAAACCUGAUGGCGAUCCUUAUGGAUUUUUACCCCAAGGGGCGUAUA